CUGCCAUUCACCAGUGGAAAGUGUAGUAGAGGCUACUAGCGCAUAUAAUCGAACACUUGGGGGGCUCGAGAUACGCCAUGCAAGUUCACUUGUUAGGCGAGAGCUCAUAUGUUUUCGUUUCCCUUUUUCUGUUUUGACAUCACCGCUUGCACGAGUCCGACGCAACUCUGACCCGGCAUCCCACAGACACUCGGCUACCAACGCACCUUGCAAGCAACUGACCUCUGGAAGCUGGACGAGUCGCGCGAGGCGGGCGUGCUCGGCGCGAAGUUCGACGCCGCCUGGGCACGCCGCAUUCAGGCCGCAGACGAGUGGAACGCCCGCCUCGCGAGUGGAGAGGCGCAGCCUGGGUGGCGACUUCGCAUGCGAUGGUGGCUGCGCGCUUGUGGGAGCCGCGAGCGCGGGAAAGAAUUUGAACGGCGGUGGAGGAAGGGCGAGGGUAAGCGGGAGGCGAGCAUCGCGUGGGCCCUCAAUGAUGUGUUUGGGUGGCGAUUUUGGACCGGUGGCGUGUUCAAGGUCAUCGGUGACACCUCGCAGCUCAUGGGGCCGCUGCUUGUCAGGGCAAUAAUCAACUUUGCUAGAGAGCGCGUCGCGGCGCAGGCUGCGGGGGAGGCCCCACCGCGCAUUGGGCGUGGCGUCGGCAUGGCCAUUGGCCUCUUUUGUACGACUGUCACAGCAAGCGUGUGCACGCACCAGUUCUUCUGGCGCUCGAUGACGUCGGGCCUGCUCGUGCGCGCGGCGCUGAUCAGUUCGAUCUACAAGCGGGGCGUUGCACUGACGGGCAAGGCACGCACGAAGAUUCCGAACGCAAAGUUGGUGACGCAUAUAUCGACUGAUGUCAGUCGGGUUGAUGCCUGUGCUCAGUGGUUCCACGCAACAUGGACGGCUCCGAUUCAAGUGACAAUCUGCCUCAUCAUCCUGCUCGUAGAGCUCGGGCCAUCUGCACUUGCAGGCUUCUCUCUUUUCCUCUUGAUCAUCCCCAUCCAGGAGCGCGCCAUGUCCUUCCAGUUCUCCACGGGCAAGCGCACGCUACGCUGGACGGACAUGCGGAGCAAGCUGAUUCUGGAGGUCCUUGGCGCAAUGCGUGUGGUGAAAUACUUCUCGUAUGAGGAGCCGUUCCUUAAGCGCCUGUCCGAUAUCCGAGAUAACGAGCUCAAGGGCAUCAAGAAAGUGCAGCUCGCACGAUCGGCAAACAUUGCGUCCGCCUUCUCAGUCCCGACGCUGGCGGCCACGCUGUCAUUCGUUGCCUACACCUCCACGAAUAAUUCAUUCAACGUCGCCACGAUAUUCUCGUCUCUGUCUCUUUUCCAGCUCCUCCGCCAACCGCUCAUGUUUCUCCCGCGCGCCCUCUCCGCGACCACAGACGCGCAGAACGCGCUCGAGCGCCUGAAGGGUCUCCUUCACGCGGAGCUUGCAGAUGGCGAAGCGUUCACCAUCGACCCCGCGCAAGACGUGGCGCUCAUUGUGGAGGAUGCGACGUUCGAGUGGGAGGAAAGCCCAUCCGCAAAGGAGGCGCAGGAGAAGGGGAAGGGGAAGGCGGCAGCAAAAGCGGCCGAGAUCGAAGGCGAGAAUGAGGGGGCGGCCGCGCCGUUCCAGGUGCAGGAUAUUACUAUGAAGGUGCCGAGAGGCACGCUCGCCGCUGUCGUGGGAUCUGUUGGCAGUGGCAAGUCGAGUCUGCUGCAAGGUCUCAUCGGCGACAUGCGUAAGGUGAAAGGCCACAUCUCCUUUGGAGGAAAGGUUGCCUACUGCUCGCAGACGGCAUGGAUACAGAAUGCAACCUUGAGAGAGAACAUCCUUUUCGGUCAGCCGUUCGAUGAGGACAAGUACUGGAAAGCGAUCGAGAAUGCCUCCCUUCUUACUGACCUUGAGGUGCUGCCUGAUGGCGAUCUCACCGAGAUCGGAGAGAAGGGCAUCAACCUGAGUGGUGGGCAGAAACAGAGGGUCAAUAUUGCACGGGCGUUGUACUACGAUGCUGACGUUGUCAUCUUUGAUGACCCGCUAUCUGCAGUCGAUGCGCACGUAGGGAAGGCGUUGUUUGCUGAUGCUAUCCUUGGAGCAUUGCGUGGACACGGGAAGACGGUUAUCCUUGUCACCCAUGCCUUGCAUUUCCUAUCUCAGUGUGACCACAUCUACACAAUCCAGAAUGGACGUAUCGAGGAGCAAGGGACAUUCUCCGAGCUGAUCAAUAACGAACGUGAAUUCUCUCGCCUGAUCAAGGAAUUUGGGGGUACGACUUCCCAGGAAGAAGGAGCUGAUGCUGAGGAAGAGGCGAUCGAGGUACAAACAGCGCCCACAACGAAAGCCGUCGACGAGGCCAAGAUCAAGUCUGACGCCAUCAAGCGCUCAGCCGCUGGUACGGGAAAGCUGGAGGGCAGAUUGAUAGUUCCGGAGAAGAGGACAACGGGGUCUGUCAGCUGGAGAGUGUACGGAGAGUAUCUCAAAGCGGGAAAGGGAUAUGUGACGUUCCCCAUUCUCCUGCUAUGUGUUCUCCUCAUGCAGGGUAGCACCAUCAUGAACACUUACACGCUGAUUUGGUGGGAAGAAGAUGAAUGGGGUCGUCCCAAUUCUUUCUUCCAGAUCUUGUAUGCAUGCCUAGGUAUAGGCCAGGCUGUCUUCACAUUCACAGUAGGUGCUACCAUGGAUAUCAUGGGAUCAUUCGUUUCCCGCAAUCUGCACCAUUCAGCAAUCCGCAGUAUAUUCUAUGCUCCGAUGUCCUACUUCGACACCACACCUACUGGUCGUAUUCUCGGCAUCUUCGGCAAGGACAUUGAAAACAUCGACAACCAGCUUCCUGUUUCCAUGCGCCUCUUCGUUCUGACCAUCGCUAACGUUGUCGGGAGCGUGAUCAUCAUUACAGUAUUGGAAUACUACUUUAUCAUUGCGAUUGCUAUCAUUGCUUUUGGGUACAACUACCUCUCGAAAUUCUACCGUUCCAGUUCAACAGAAUUGAAGCGGAUAGAUGCAAUGCUUCGUUCCAUCUUAUACGCUCAUUUUGCUGAAUCGCUGUCUGGACUGCCUACGAUACGCAGUUACGGUGAAACCAAUCGCUUUCUCAGAGACAACGAGUAUUACAUCGAUCUCGAGGACCGAGCGGCAUUCUUGACAGUUACGAAUCAGAGAUGGCUCGCCCUCCGGCUCGAUACGCUCGGCGGAAUCAUGACGUUCACGGUCGCAAUGCUCACGGUCACCGACGUAGCAGGGAUUAGUCCGGCACAGAUCGGCCUGGUAUUAACCUAUUCGACUUCCUUGGUUCAAAUGUGCAAUGUCGUCACCCGGCAGUCUGCUGAAGUUGAGAAUUACAUGAGCUCCAUCGAGCGCGUCGUCCAAUAUAGCCAGCCUGGCCGGGUAGAGCAGGAGGCCCCGCAUGAAAUCGCCGAUCGCAAACCUCCUGCAGAGUGGCCCGCUCGAGGUGCAAUUGAGUUCAAGGAUGUGACCAUGAGGUAUAGGCCAGGACUACCCUUGGUGCUUAAAGGGCUGUCCCUAAGUAUUCGGGGAGGCGAAAAGAUCGGCGUCGUUGGCAGAACGGGCGCUGGGAAGUCCACGUUAAUGCUCGCUUUGUUCCGCAUAGUGGAUUUGGCUUCCGGCUCGAUAACGGUUGAUGACAUCGACAUCUCCACGAUUGGCUUGAGAGAUCUUCGGUCCAAGAUAUCCAUUAUCCCGCAGGAUCCAUUGUUAUUUAGUGGGACAAUACGAUCGAAUUUGGAUCCAUUCGACCAAUACCCCGAUCAUCGCCUAUGGGAUGCGCUCCGUCGAUCCUUCCUCGUGGAUUCUACAAGCAAUGACGAACAAUCACCUCAAGAUGGCAACCAAGCACCCACAAACAGGUUUAAUCUUGACACGGUGAUUGAGUCAGAAGGAGCAAAUUUGAGCGUGGGGGAGCGUAGUCUGCUGAGCCUUGCUAGGGCUUUGGUGAAGGAUAGCCAGGUUGUCGUGCUUGAUGAAGCAACAGCUUCUGUCGAUCUGGAGACGGAUUCCAAGAUACAACAUACCAUUCAGACCCAAUUCAGUCAGAAGACCUUGCUCUGUAUAGCGCAUCGUCUCCGUACCAUCAUCUCGUAUGACAGGAUCCUUGUCCUCGACUCGGGAAAAAUAGCUGAGUUCGACGCGCCGCUUAACUUGUUCUACAUGCAAGAUGGUAUCUUCCGCGGCAUGUGUGAACGCAGUGGCAUCACAGCGGCUGAAAUUGAGAAGGCCUCUGUCCGAGCGUCAGUUAUAUAGAAGCAAUUCGGAUCUUCUCAUACGGACAGGAAUUUCAUGGAUGUGUUGCAGAUCUAAACGUGUCACUAGACGAGUUUACAAUUAGAUGACAUGUAACAGCGUUUUGACAAUAGAUCCGCUACGGUCGAAAAGCACGACGUUCUACAAGUACAGUACCGCAUGGGCAUCACCAAAUUACCUGGAACAAGCGAUACUAAGGCCGACUGUAUGGAAGAGGGUUAAGAGGAAUUUUUGGUACGUUAUGCGGAACCGGUGAAUCCAGCAACAGGUAGGUCGUAAGUCAUAUUGUUGGAACUAUUGCUUGGAAGAGAACCCAUCCAGUUGAAGCCUGCAUGAGAAUGUCAGUUGGAUGAUAUCACCCAUG